UUUGCUACAGAUGUCUACUUCAGGAAAACUGGAUUGGAACGAUCACCAGGUCUUUGUAAAGAUCUAGAAUGGAUUAGCCAACAAGAUCUUGUGAUUCCAGAACCUAGCAAUCCAGGAGUUACUUAUGUCACGUAUUUGGAGGAAUUAGCAGACAAAAGUGCCCCGCAUUUCUUGUCCCAUUUCUACAAUAUAUAUUUUUCGCACAUAGCUGGUGGUCAAGUGAUUGCAAGACAGGUUUCUGAAAUGCUUCUGGAAGGAAGGGAGCUGGAGUUCUAUAAAUGGGAUGGCGAUGUACAAGAAUCAUUGAAAGUUGUAUGUGGCAAGCUCAACAUGCUUGGAGAGCACUGGUCUCGGGAGGAUAGAAACAAAUGCUUAAAAGAAGCAGCAAAAUCAUACAAGUUUUUGGGGCAGAUAAUUCGCUUGAUCAUCUUAUAAACCAGAUUGGUAACACAUUCCAAUUGUAGACUUAACUCAGCACCAGUCUUUGUUUUCUAUUCACCGAGCUGUCGGGACGGCCCUCAAAUGAGUAACUGGAGCUGUGUCAUGUAUUCAGGAACAUCGGUGUCCUCUAGUGAUGACAUUAUUUACUUUGGGACACUCAGCUAAGGAAGCAGCUUUUAUUAUUAAGCCAUGUCUACGCUAGUGACUGGUGCCUCCACUGACUGGAUGAUGUUUCAUAGUGAAUGGCAAGUUCUAUAGUGCUGAUGCUUUGGCUUUGUUGCAACACACAAGAAGCCAAGAAUGCCGAGUACUCAGGAUUUGCUUAACAAUGCACCAAUGUUAUGAACUAUUUGAAAUUUGAGAAGAGAUAGCAAAGUGGGAAUAGAAACUAGAUAUAGAAGGAAUAUAUUCAUUACAUCUACUCUGCUGUUCAAGCACAGUUAUCAGUCUGUAGUGGGAGUAUUGCCAAGAAAAGUGGAGGAAAAAAGUAGAAAAUCUGAGAGCAACCAGGCUAGUGCGAAUCAAAGAACUUGCCAUUUCUGUCUCCCUAUCUUCUUUUAUUUCAUCAACAGAAAUGGAAAAAAAUAAAGAAAAACAAUCUGUAGUACCUUAUGUCAAAUCAAAGAAUAUGUCUUUGAUCAUUAAUAAAGUGCAUAUUUCUCUUUAUUUCCCCACUUGCUUCUU